CUUUUCCAACAUGGCUCCCAAAAAGAAGGUAGUCGAAAAAAAGAAGGCCCCAGCUGCCAAGGCUGAGGCCCCAAAGCCAGUGAAGACCAAGGAGCCAACCAAGGUGAAAGAGAAGGCGCUCAAGGCCAGAAAGAAUGUCUUGAAGGGAAAUAGGGAGACUAGAAAGAGGAAACAGAUGAUGACUGUUCACUUCAGACGGCCCAAGACCCUGCGUUUAGCUCGUGCACCUAGAUAUCCACGAAAGAGUACUCCUCAUAGGAACAGACUGGAUCAGUUCAAAAUUGUCAAAUUCCCACUGACAACUGAAUCUGCCAUGAAGAAAAUUGAGGAUAACAAUACCCUGGUAUUCAUCGUUGAUAUCAGAGCCAAUAAGCCACAGAUUAAAACAGCAGUCAAAAAGUUAUAUGACAUUGAUGUCGCCAAAGUUAACACUUUAGUAAGGCCAGAUGGUGAGAAGAAAGCUUAUGUACGACUAGCACCAGACUAUGAUGCCCUAGAUGUUGCUAACAAAAUUGGUAUCAUAUAAACUACUAUUCACCAUUGCCUGCUCAUGAAAGAUCUGUGAGUGCUGUGCUACCACUUGGACAUAGGACAAUAAUACAUAUUGACAAUGUCUGCUUUACCUGGUGCAACCAAAUAAAUGAAAAAAAAGUCG